AUGCUGAAGAUGAAGCUGCCGCCGGCGGCGCGGGCCGAGGCGGAGGCGGCGGCGGCGGCGGCGGCGGAGGCGGAGCGGGGCGGCGAGGGCCGGACGGGGCUGAAGGAGCCGCUGCGCCGGCGGGACGGCCCGCCGCAGCUGCGCCCGCCCGCCCGGCCCCCGCCGCCCUCCCCGCCCGGGCGCCGCCUCCGCGGGGCCCCGGGGCCGCCCGGACCGCCCGCACCCCCCGCCGCGGCGGGCGGCGGCGCCGGCGGCGGGGGGGAGCAGGAGCAGGAGCAGGAGCAGGAGCGCGUGUACGAGUGGUUCGGGCUGGCGCUGGGGUCGGCGCAGCGCCUGGAGUUCCUCUGCGGGCUGCUGGACCUGUGCAACCCGCUGGAGCUGCGCUUCCUGGGGUCGUGCCUGGAGGACCUGGCCCGCAAGGACUACCACUACCUGCGGGACUCGGAGGCCAAGGCCAACGGGCUGGCCGACCCCGGCCCGCCGGCCGACUUCCGAGACCCGGCCGUGCGCUCCCGCCUCAUCGUCUACCUGGCCCUGCUGGGCUCCGAGAACCGCGAGGCCGCCGGCCGCCUGCACCGCCUCCUGCCCCGCCUCGACUCGCUGCUGGGCGGCGGGGCCGGGCCGGGGCCGGGGCCGGGGCCGGGACCGGGACCGGGACCGGGGCUGGGACUGGCCGCCCAGGAGGAGCUGCUGCUGCUCUUCACCAUGGCCUCCCUGCACCCCGCCUUCUCCUUCCACCAGCGGGUCACCCUAAGGGAACACCUGGACCGGCUGCGGGCCGCCCUCCGCGCCGACCGGGAGGACCCCCGCCUGGCCGGCCUCGGGGCCCAGAGCGCCGUGUCCCGGAGCGAGGCCAGGCCACGGAAGGAUGACGGCACGCUGGAGCACCCCCCACCGCCGCACGACGGGCUUCCCGGGGCCUCGCAUCGAACUCAGCGGGAAGCUGUCCACAUUGAGAAGAUAAUUCUGAAAGGAGUACAGAGGAAGAGGGCUGACAAACAUUGGGAAUACACUUUCAAGGUUACCUGGUCUGAUCUUUCCGUUACAACUGUAAUGAAAACACACCACGAGCUACAGGAAUUCCUAUUAAAACUUCCAAAGGAACUGUCUUCAGAAACUUUUGACAAGACGAUUUUGCGAGCACUAAACCAAGGUUCCCAGAAGAGGGAAGAGCGGCGGCACCCAGAUCUGGAGCCAACCCUAAGGCAGCUAUUUUCAACUUCAUCCCAAGCUUUCCUACAGAAUCCAAAAGUACACAACUUCUUUCAGUCCAUAUCCUCAGAAUCCUUGCACAGUCACAACAAUUUACAGUCUUCUCUGAAGACCUCCAAAAUACCUGAACUCUUCAAGGAGGAUAGUUCAGAAGCUUCAAGUCAGGAGGAGGAUGUGUUACAGCAUGCAUCAAUUCACAAAAAGCACCCCGGAAAAGGUCCUGCUGUGAUCACAAACUGCUCUUCACUGGAUGGUCUUCCCCUACAGCAUUCUGAACAAAAUGGGGUCAUGGACUGGAGAAAGAAAAACUGUGCCAUACAGCCCCCUGAGCACUGUACAACCUUAGUAGACCAGCAUUCAGUAGACAAGUGGAGCCUAUCUGCAAUAAACAAGAAGAAAGGAAAACCACAAAUGGAAAAGGAUAAAAUUAAGAAAAUUGACAGCAGAUUGAGCAGUCGAACUAACGGUAUUCGAGUUGCCACAUCCCAGCAUGUCCGAACUGGUUCGAUGAAAGAUCCGAGUUUGGACAUUGGAUCUGGACGGGACACGUGUGGGGAGACCUCUUCCGAGAGUUACAGUUCUCCUUCCAGCCCACGGCAUGAUGGGAGGGAAAGCUUUGAAAGUGAAGAAGACAAAGACAGAGAUACAGACAGCAAUUCCGAGGAUUCAGGGAACCCCAACACCACCAGGUUUACGGGUUACGGCCCCGCCGCCGUCGUCGGCGAGCCGCCUGCUCCGCCGCCCUCCCUCGGGAGCGAGAACGGGAGCCUCCCAGAAGACCCCCUGGACGCCCCCAAGUACCAACACGUUUCCUACUUGCCUGCCUUACACUGUGUGGUGCACGACGGCGCCCAGAAGCCCGAGGCGGCGGCACCCGCCAGGCCGGCGGAGGGCAGGGCCCCGGAGGUCCCGGCCGGCGGCCCGCUGCCCGUGUCGGCGCCCAGAGAGGCGGCGGCGCACCCCGCCCCGGCCGGGGUCCCGGGGCCGGCCUCCUCCGCGGGCGAGGCGGAGAGGCACCCGGAGCUGCAGGCCGCCGCCCCCCUGCCCCUGCCCCUGCCGUCGCCGUUCCUCCCGCCCACCGUCCCGCCGGGCAGCCCGGCCCUGCCCCUGGCCAUGCAGCGGCUGAAACUGGCCCCCCUGCAGGGGUCUGGCGAGGGCUGCCCCGCGCCCCCGCCGCAACAGCAGCCCCCCAGGAACCCGAGCGUCGGAUCACCGAGCACUGCCUUCGUCCCCAUCCCCGUCCCCAGCCCGGGGAGCCUGAGCUUUCCGGGGUCUCCGGUGGCCACCCCCGACCCCGUGAGGAAGCCCGUCCCCCAGGGGGGAGCCCCGCCCCCCACGGCGCCCCUCCCGGCCGAGGGGAGCCCGGGGGUCCUCCCUCAGCCGGCCAACCUGAAGGUGGUUCUUCCGGCGGCCGGGCUGGCGGCCGCCCCCCAGCCGCCGCCGGCCUCUUCCUACGGCCUGCCGGGCUCGCCCCUGGCGGCCGCGCCCUCCCCCCCGCAGCCGGCCGCGGGGCUGGGGGGGCCGGUCCAGGCGGCGGUGCCCCCGGCGGUCCCGACCCACACCCCCGGCCCGGCCCCCAGCCCGAGCCCGGCCCUGACGCACAGCACCGCGCAGAGCGACAGCGGGCCCUACCUGAGCGCGGUGGGCACCGCGAGCGCCAACGGCGCCCUGCUGCCGGCGCAGCCCAUGGGGGCGGGGCCCUGCGGGUCGUGCGGGCGCCGGUGCGGCUGCGGGGCCGGCGCCAACCUCCCGCUCAACGGCUACUUCUACCCCAACCCCCUGCCCGGACCCAUGUACCGCGUCCCGUCGUUCUUCCCCCUGCCGUCCCUCUGCAAUGGGAGCUACCUCAACCAAGCACAUCAGAGCAACGGGACCCCCCUCCCCUUCUUCCUGCCUCAGACUCCGUACGCCAACGGGCUGAUGCACGACCCGGUCAUGGGGAGCCAAGCCAGCUACGGGAUGCAGCAGGUGGCCGGGUUCGGGAGGUUCUAUUCCCUCUACCCGCCGCCCGGGGUCGUGGCCAGCGCAAACGGAUCGGGCCCCAAGAAGAACGGGAACGUGUCGUGUUACAAUUGUGGCGUGAGCGGACAUUACGCCAACGACUGUAAGCAGUCUUCCCUGGAGGCCGGUCAGCAAGGCACUUACAGACUGAGAUACGCACCUCCCCCUCCCCCCUCCAAUGAUCCGUUGGAUUCUGCGGACUGAACGAGCAAAACCUUGGCCACCCAGCUCACUGAAGCGGCGGUGCCGGUGGCGGUGGUGGGGUCGCUGGGAAGGGGAGACCUUUGCUCGCCAAGACACUUCCCCGGAUUUCUAUGCAGUUGGGAGUUUUCAUUUCUCUUGCACCGAUGUUCCAAACCCCAAGAAGAACGGUCUGGAGCCCCCCGGCCUCCCGGCUCUCCCACGGGCCCGUACGAGACACGUAUCUCACCCACGCAGCCAAAUGGCCGAAAGGGGAGCGUCGAAGCCGGCCUUUUCCCGCCGAGGACUUGCCGCGCGGGCCGUGUUUACUACAGCUUUUCAAAUGUCGUGUGACCGUUGACAACACUGGUGAAACGCUCACGUGGUUCAAGAAGAAACCUGGUCCUUCUCCACGCUCUCCUCCCCCACCCCCUUUCUCCCUUGUCCCUUAACUGCUGCUUUUUUCUCCUCUCCAGGGUUCACCUUAGCCACGUUCCACUGGGCUGCGUGAGCGAGGGCGGUUCUGUCCUGGUGGUUCACCGGCUAAAUCGCUGUGCUCACGAGCCUUCUGGGAGAGGGGAAAUCAGACUCAAAAUAGAGAGAGAGAGUGUGUGAGAGUGUGUGAGUGUGUGUACGUGUGUUGGUGUGCGUGGCACAGCCGGUUUUAUUAACACGUGUGUUCAGCACUUGUGCGUCCAGAGCGAUUAAAAGACUCGGAAGAGAGGGGAGGAAGCUAAAACCGAAUGAUUUUGAAAGGCGUCUCUAUGAUAGACGGAGAGCUUUUAACAAAACGUAAAACUUUUAACUCCCGUUUGCGUUUUUAGCCGUCGAUCCGGACGUCGAGUGAACGGACGGGUGCGAGUGGUGGAUUGUGCGCGCGCGCGUGUGUGCGUUCGUGACGCAGGCUGACGGCAAGUUUUCAUUUUCGAAGCUAGUCUCUACUCCCACGUCGUGAUAGGACAGGCACGUUACUUAAGUUGAAAAUUUUUCCUUUCCCCCCUGAAGAAAGUAUUACAGUGUCACAUCGUAUUUAGAAUGUAAAAGGUUUAUUUCGAUCUGAACGGAGGUCUUGGUUUUCCACGGAAGAGUCAGGUAUUCGUACCGUCACCUUUCUGUCAAGAAGCAAAGUCACCAUUUUCUAACCGUUUACCACUCUGCGUGAUUAUAAAUGUGAAAGGCUGAGCUCUGAGUGUGUGGAGAUGGUAUUGAUCAUGUCAGUGUCACGUCACUAAGUUUACUGCUGCUGUAUGAUAUAUUUUUUUUUUUGUAAUUUUUUUUUUAAGCCAAUCUAUGUACUAAAUUGCUUCCAGGUGAUUUUUGAUUUCCAAAAGUGCACUGAGGUUAUCUGGAAGGCAUGUAUUUCGACUGAGCGCGUUGCGUUGAGCAGCAUGGGGCCACUCCCGGGCUCUCUCCCUCGGGGCCUCCACAUUCCUCGGUCCCAGCCCGGACCACAGACGGGCGGCCCUUUGGUCAGGAGUGUGUGUGUCGGUGUGUGUCUCUGCGGGUGUGUGUGUGUCUCUGCGGGUGUGUGUCCGUGAGCACGUGCGUCUGCAGUGCUGGUUUCCAGCUGAGGGUCUUAAAUGUCCAGUCUCAGUUCGGCCGCCCUAACAGAUCACUAAGCAACAGGUAAAACUUGAAGAGAGAGAGAGAGAGAGAGAGAGAAGCUUGGUUUUAAUGCUUCAUAGGGAGCGCUUCUAUUUAUCGCACCGAUGUACAUUGGAGGACGUUUCUUGUGGGAAUGGGGAGGGGCGGG